GUAUAGUUGCCCCUUGAUGAAGUUUGCUUUUUACUCUAGCUGAAGCCCUAUUUUAAAAAAACCCUUACCUCCAUCUUAAAAUUAAUACUAAGUAUGAGUUCCAAGAUAGAAGAAUGGUAAGGGCUGGGCAAGGGGCAUUAAGUGAUUUGCCCAGGGUCACACACAGGUAGGAAGUAUCUGAGGCUAGAUUUGAACACAGGACCUCCUGUCUCCAGGCCUGGCUGUCUAUCCAUUGAGUUACCUUGCUGCCCACCUGAAGACUUAUUGCUACAAAGCAUACCUGAGAGUGUUUCCUCUGAGGAGAAUUUGCGUCUCAUGUGUGUUUUAAGCACUUAAAUUUCAUUGUAAGAGCCAGAGAAAUGACAUUCCCUAGCCUAUGCUCCUUCUCUGUUAUUCUAUCUUAUACCCAUACUAGCUGUUGCCUCAUCAGGUGGGGGUCCAGCCCCGCCUAGAAAAAUGAUAUAUUGAUCUCUGCCCAAGUGGGCCAAUCAAAAUUCCCAUGGCCCUCCUCUUCUAAUGGUCCGUGGGAUAGACUGAGAUCUGGGCAUCAUGAGUGAAUGAAUGAAAACACAUUUAUAGAGCAUUUGCCAAGCACCAGGGACACAAAAAGAGAAAGGGAGAUGGCAGCCACAGGGUUUAGGAAGGUCAUCGGAUUGAUUGCUAAACUGGAGAUUGACCAGAAGAGGACAACCAGGAUGAUAAGGACCUUCAGUCUGAAUCAAGGAAGAUUGGUUCAAGGAACUUAGCCUGGGCAGGAGAAGAUGGGGGGGGGGGGACAUGAUUGCCAUCUUUAAGUAUUUGAAGGACUGGGAUGUGGAAGAAGAGGAAUUAGGCUUGUCCUUUUUGGCCAGUUGGCAGAAACAGGAGCAGAAACUGUGAAGAUAAUUAUAUCUAUGCAGAAGUGGAAUAUCCUCAGUCUUGUUAAAGAAGAUUUCUUGGAUCUUGACUUAAAAGUCUGGAAGACCCUGAAUUCAAAUCCUGCUACAGAUAUGGUCCUUAUGUGCCUCAGUUUUCUUUUCUAUAAAAUGGAGAUAAUAAUAGUAUCUACUUCACAGGGUUGUUGUGAGAAGUAAAUGACCUAAUGAAUAAAGUGCUGUGCAAAUCUUAAAGCACUAUAUAGACAUUGCAUAAUUAUUAUUAAUUUCCAUGUUAUUUAGGUACUUUCCUACAGAAUGUAGUGGGAGGAGCAGUGGACUAGAAAUAAUGACUUUAGAUGGAUAGUAUAUGUACUUUAUAGACACUAACUAUAAAAUAAUUUUUUUUAAACCUUUACCUUCCAUCUUGGAAUCAAUAGUGUACAUUGGUUCUAAGGUAGAAGAGUGGUAAGGGCUAGGCAAAGGGGGUCAAGUGACUUGCCGGGUCAUUCAGCUGGGAAGUGUCUGAGGCCAGAUUUGAAUCCAGGACCUCCGCUUGGCUGUCAAUCCAUUGAGCUACCCAACUGCACCCAAAAUAAUUCUUAUAGACAAGGAAACAGAGCUCUUGGAUUCUAGCUUCUUUUCUACUUAACUAGUUGUAUGAACAUGGGAAUAUCAUCUCUCUGAUCUUGUUUCCUCUUUAAAUGGGGAUAGCAAUACAUGAAGCAUCUGGUAGUAGGUAGCUAGAUCAGUUGAUUCCUGGAUAUCCCUUCUAGAAAAUAGGAUUUGUUGUUCAAUUGCUUCAUUUAUGUCCAACUCUUUGUGCCCCCAUUUGGGGUUUUCUUGGCAAAGAUAUGGGAAUGGUUUGCCAUUUCCUUCUCCAACUCAUCUAACAGAUGAAAAAACAGGCAAAUAGGGUUAAGUGACUUGCCUAAGCUCACACAGGUAGGAAGUGUCUGAGGCCAGAUUUGAACUGAGGAAGAGGAGCCCUCUGGACUAGCACUCUCUCCACCAUACCACCUUGCUACCCAAAUAUAUACAUUUAGCGCCAAGAUGUAAUGAAAUUCCCUAAUUUCUGCUGCUUUCCUUUUGGAAGAAAGGCUGGGGAUCUCUGGCUUUUAUUCUGUCCAUUGCCAUGUUGGGCUUAUUUGGUUUUGAAAACAGACUGCCUCUAGAGAUGGUGGAUUUCCCCCUUCUUGUUGGUCUUCAAAUAGAGGCUGUAUGGUUGCUAGUCAGGGACUUUCUAGUAGGGAUGCUGAUGGGGUAUGUUUUGGGCUAGAUGGUCACAGAGAGCCCUCCCAACUCUAUAGAGUUCUGUAAUUUCUGAGUCUCAGUUGUCCUGCUGCCCAGGGCUUUUCAUGAGAGGAACUUCUUGGACUUGUCUCAAAGGAGAGGCAUUUGCCAGUGACAUCCAGGGAACAGGAUGCCCAGAUGGGGUCCUCAGAAGACAAGCCUUUGAAUUUUUUUUUUUAGCAGUCUAAUAAUUUGAAGUUUGAUGGUCAGAUAUUACUCCCUGGAGUUAAGGUAAGCUUGACAGUUUAUUCACUAAAGGCCAUAUCCUUCUCAGCUUAGUUUCUUCACUCCCAGGAAUUGAGGAAAUUCCUUUAGUUCUGAGUCUUUGAUGUCAGCUCCUUAGCAUACCUGCUAAAGGAUGCUCUGGGGACCUAAAAACCCCUCCCCUAUUCUAAAGGGAGCUACUCUAUGCUGUCUUUUUUUUACAAGAAUUUGUCAAAAUGGGAACUUGGUGAGGGUAAAAGAGGGUCACUGUGCAUUGUGAGAGUUCCUUAAACUCAGACUUGAUCACUGUUUCAUAAACCCAACUUUUAUUUUAUUUAUUUAUUUAUUUAAAAAAAUCCCUUACCUUCCAUCUUGGAGUCAAUAAUGUGUAUUGGUUCUAAGGCAGAAGAAUGGUAAGAGCUAGGUAAUGAGGAGUAAGUGACUUGCCCAGGGUCACACAGCUGGGAAGUGUCUGAGGUAAAUUUGAAUUCAGUACUCCCAUCUCUGGGCCUAGCUCUCAAUCCAAUGGGCCACCCAGUUGUCCCCCUUCCACCCAACUUUUAGAAAAGUUUAGCCUUUUCUUUCUUUACCUUUCCUUCGUGUCAGGAACAAUUCGACGUCUAAGCUUCAGAAAACAUCGUAACCAUUCCGCAGAGGGGUGUAGCUUCCUUAGUACACGCUUGGCUUAAAUAGGGAGGAAGGAAGGAACGUCUUGAGGAAAGGUUCCCAGCCAUCUCGUUGGGACCACUUUUUAAAAUUGACGUGCCCAGCCCCCUAGACGCAGGAAGGGUUGCCUGGCGGCGGUGCGGGGAGGGGAGAGCCGGCUGUAAAGCUGUGCCAGCCCCUGGGGUGGGGCCUCUUCCCAGGUGCUCGGGUCUGAACAGGUGCCUUGUGGGGAGGGAGCUCGGCUCCUCCUCCUCCUGGGGCUGGAGGGGAACUUGUUUGCUCAGUCAGGUAGAAAUCAUCACUAUUCAAACAACGUCAUGGCCAAUCACAUUCUGGGCCUCUUGUACCCCAUUCAAAUGAAUGGCGGCUCCAGCGGCCCUGCCUUCCCCCAGAAACGCGGCUGUGUGUAUGCUGGGCCGGGCGGGGUGGAGUGCUUUAACGGCUGCUUAGGUUACUGGAGAGCAACACAAGAGGACUCCAGUUACAGACUCCUCAGGAGGAGGAACCACCAUGGAGCAAGACGCCAUCCCCCCGGGCUCCCUCGGGAGUAGAGAUGCCCCCUGGGACUCCUCUUUCUACCUCGUAACCUUUGGUCAGUUGAAACUGUCAAUAGACAAGGAAGGCCGAGUUUUGCUCCUUCAUAUUAUGGAAGCCCGUGAUCUCAUGAACAAAGACUCUCAACCUUGUGAUGCUUAUGUGAAGGUGUCGGUGGUACCGGAUAAUGAUCGAAAACGGAGGCAAAAAACUCAGACCGUCCCAGACUGUAAAAAUCCAGCUUUCCAUGAACGAUUUUUUUUUCCCAUCCAAGAGGCAGAUGAGCAGAAGCGCCUUCUGGUUGCUGUGUGGAACAGAAAGAGAGACCAAAGACAGAGUGAACUCAUCGGCUGCAUGAGCUUUGGGGUGAAGUCUCUUCUGGUCCCUGACAAGGAGGUCAGUGGCUGGUAUUAUCUUCUGGGACAGAAGCUGGGCCGCGCAAAACAUCUUAAAGUGGCAACUCGACGGUUGAAGCAGAGGAGAGAUCUAUUCCUGAAAACGCCUAUGCUGGUACUGAGACAGGAGGACACAGAAAACAUGCAGCUCAAGAUCACCAUCCCAAGGGGAAGGGACGGCUUUGGCUUCACCAUUUGCUGCGACUCUCCCGUCCGAGUUCAAGCUGUAGAUUCUGGGGGCCCCGCAGACCGGGCAGGGUUGCAGCAGCUGGACACGGUGCUGCAGCUGAAUGAGCAGCCUGUGGAACACUGGAAAUGUGUGGAGCUGGCUCAUGAGAUCAGGAACUGCCCUGGUGAGAUCAUCUUGCUCGUGUGGCGCAUUAUCCCUCAGAUCAAACCAGGGCCUGAUGGUGGCGUCCUACGCAGGGCCUCCUGCAAGUCAACUCAUGACCUGCAGUCACCCCCAAAUAAACGGGAGAAGAACAGCAUCUUGGGUGCCCGCCCUGAGCAGCGCCAUAGCUGCCACCUGGUGUGUGACAGCUCGGAUGGGCUCCUUGUGGGCGGCUGGGAGCGCUAUAGUGAGUUGGGGAAACAGACCCAGCACACUUUGCCACCACUGACUCGGGCUUCAGCCUCCACCGAUCCCAACUACAUCAUAUUGGCCCCCUUGAACCCAGGGAGCCAGCUUCUGAGGCCCUUGUAUCAAGAGGAGAGCAUCCCAGAGGAUAUAGGAAACACUAGCAAAGGGAAAUCCCACACGGGCCUGGGGAAGAAAUCUCGACUGAUGAAGACAGUGCAGACCAUGAAAGGCUAUGGUAACUACCAGAAUUGUACCAUCAUGAAGCCCCACACCCCCCACUCCAGCUACGGCACCUAUGUGACAUUGGCUCCCAAAGUCUUGGUGUUUCCUGUUUACGUACAGCCCUUAGAUCUCUGUAACACAGCUCGGACUCUGUUGCUGGCUGAGGAGCUUCUGCUUUAUGAGGGGAGAAACAAAACUGCCAAGGUGACCUUGUUUGUGUACUCUGACCUGCUGCUCCUCACCAAGGAGGAUGAGCCUGGGCGAUGCAAUGUCCUGAGGAACCCGCUCUACCUCCAGAGUGUAAAACUGCAGGAAGGUUUGCCAGAAGACUUGAAAUUCUGUAUUCUCUAUUUGGCGGAGAAGGCGGAGUGCUUAUUAACUUUGGAAGCAUACUCACAAGAACAGAAGAAGAGGGUGUGUUGGUGCCUGUCCGAGAACAUCUCCAAGCAGCCACAGCAGGCGGCAGCUGCAUCAGAGAGCAAGAUGCUUGAGACAGACGUGGAUGAAAGAAGAAAGAUGCCUUCUGAGGAGGAAGUACCCCCUUCUACUGAGGGGGGUGCUGGUGGGGCACCUGAGGAACCAGGGCCUCUUGAGAGUAAUCCUUCCCAAAAGGAGAUAUUUUCAGGGGAGGCCACAAGCCUGGAAAUGCCCCUGCCUGCUGAGGGGGUUGCCAAUGAGGCAUCUGAAGAACAAAGUCCUCCUGAGAACCACCCGUCCCAAGGGGAGGCACUUGCAGGAGAGGCCACGAACCUUGAGAUGCCCCUGCCUGCUGAAGGGGUAACCAAUGGGGCACCUGAAGAACUUGGGCCUCCUGCCAGUGACUGUCCUCAAGUGGAAGUGCCCACAGAAGAGGGUCCAGGCUCUAGGGCCUCUGCCUUAACUGACAAGCAGCCUUUUGUGAUCCCCGAGGUCCGCCUGGAUCCCACCUUCAGCCAGAGCUUAGGGGCUGAAGGGAUAGAGCAGGAUGGUAUCCUCGAUGAAGAUGCUGAAGAGGAAGAAGAAGUAGAAGGUGAGGAGGGAUAUGAGGAAGAGGAUGAUGAAAGUGACGACAGCUACCUGGAACACAAUGAGGCAAAGCGGUGCAGCAUGAUUGAGACAUCAGCUACGGAAGGGACGUUCAUGCUGACGGUGCAGAGUUCCCUGCGGCGUCGCACCCACAGUGAGGGAAGCCUCCUGCAGGAGACCAAGAGCCACUGCUUCACCUCAGAUACCACCCUUAAUUGCUCUGAUGGCGAGGGCAAGAAGAGUGGCUGGGCCCUGGCCUCCCCCGGGACUGUGAAGAAAGACUUGGGCCGGAAUGGGGGCUCCAUGCACCAUCUCUCUCUCUUCUUUACCGGACAUAGAAAGCUGAGCGGGGCUGAGGCAAGCUGUGACGAGGGUGCUGAGGCCUCUCAGAAGAGGAGCAAAAAACUGGCCAAAGAUAUGAAGAACAGACUGGGGAUUUUCCGGAGAAGAAAUGACUCUCCCGGGGGCAACGGGGCUGGCAAGACGGACAAAGGGAUGAAAUCCCUGAAGCCCACCUCUGAGGAGGCACUCAAAUGGGGGGAGUCUCUGGAGAAACUACUGUUGCACAAAUACGGACUCGCAGUGUUCCGUGCCUUCCUCCGGACAGAGUUCAGCGAAGAGAAUCUGGAAUUUUGGCUGGCAUGUGAGGACUUCAAGAAAGUCAAGUCCCAAUCUAAGAUGGCAUCCAAGGCGAAGAAGAUCUUUGCAGAGUAUAUUGCCAUCCAGGCGUGUAAAGAGGUGAACCUGGACUCCUACACACGGGAGCACACCAAGGAAAACCUGCAGAAUGUCACCAGGGCCUGCUUUGACCUGGCCCAGAAGCGCAUCUACGGGCUCAUGGAGAAGGACUCCUAUCCGCGAUUCCUCCGAUCAGAGCUCUACUUAGACCUCAUUAACCAGAAGAAGCCGAGCUCUCCGUUGUAGGGGGCUUCCCCCUCCCCUCCCCUGGGGCAGCCCGGGGAGAGACGAAUGUUUACACUCAGCUGGCCCAGCAGGGGACCUGCCCUCUCCCUCCCCACCCUCCUGAGGUUGGCCGAGAGAAUGGGCCAUUCUGUUGCCUGGGACUCCUCCAAGCCAUAUCUCUGUUGGACUGGCUCGUGGACAUACGACAAGCCUGAGGCCUGGCCUCUGAGAGUCCCUGGGGACUUGUGAAGCCAGUGGGCUGGCGCCAUGUGCAUUGGCACCCCGCCCCACCCCAGUGCCGCUCUCCGGUACGACGAUGCUGCCCCCGGGAUUGGGCCUGUGAGUGUGGCACGUGUGAAGGGCUUUGGUACAGGCUGAGAGGUUCUUCUUGUCCAGGCAGGUGUGAAGCUGGGGGGACAGGGGACCAACCAGUACAGGAACCUUACCUCUACUUUCUGAGCUCCACCAGGCGUGGGCGAGCCCCUGGAAGAACCGGGGAGCACAAAGGGGAGGGGUGUGCCCCAGCAGGUGCUCAGGUGACAUCCUGUAGGUUUUGGCCUCCAGGGGCCAUCUCUUGGGGCCCUGGUGCUCAGUGCCCUGAUAUCCCCCCACCUUGGGCCCUGGCCUCAGGAUUUUAUUUAUUUCAACACUGUAGCCGAAUGCUUGAUGCAUUGUUCUGUAAUAGGAAAUCCUUGCCUCUUUAUUUUCUUAAUUUACAAGUGCAAUAUUUUAAAUAAGUUUCGUGGGAAGCUACAGAGCAGAAUGACCGUUCUAUUUUAAGAAGGUGUACACACUUUUAUAAGUUGGGGAGGGAGGGAGGGUUGGUUUUAGCCCAGGGACCCCGGCAGCAGGCAGCUGGGGUCCCUGGAUGUACAUAUCGUUUGUUUGUUGAAAAUCUCAAGUUCAGUGAUAUGAACAAAGAGCCGUGCAAGCCUGACUCUCGGGCCAGAGGGACAGUAACUCCGAAAGGGGCCACCGGGCUCUGGACAGCACAUUCGGUCCCUUCGAGCUAGUUCUGUGGCUCCCAAGCCAUCCGCGCAGCCAGGUGAUGGAAUGAAUAAAAGGUCUGUGUGACUUCUA